AAAGUAACGAUACACUCUAAAGUUCUAACGGCCUGCGUUUGGAUAACCUAGCACUCACUAGUUGUUAAUCCACUACUUGUUAGAUGACCAAAAUUUAGUCCUAUACUGUUUGGAUACAUGGACUUGUAGCUAGUAGUAUUCCUAGACAAAGUCUCUUAUGCCCCUGGGAGAGGACAGAGAAAAGGGGGGAGAUAGCGCAGGGGAAGGGCAGUGAUGCCAUUUCUCAAUCCAGUGGCUCCUUUUAGUCCCAUUAGCUAGAUAUGACCAACUAAUGAUGAACUAGUUGUUAGUUGGGGUGUGUGGACUAAAAAAUAGUUCACUCGUUAGUCCCUCUAUUUGUAUGGCCUAGUACCGAUUUUCAGGAACUAACAAUUAGUCCUGGCAUGAAAGAGGCUCCUAAGUCCAGCAGCUACGUUACCGUACGUUUUGAUUGCUCUACAUAUAGAUGGGUCCAUUCAUUCUGGAGGCCAGAAAGCAGCUUCGUUCCAGAGGUAGCCGUUCUCUUCUCCCACAAAGCUGACAAGCUGAUUGAUGGCCGCCGCUUCUUCCUUUGGCGACGACUCUUACCUCAUGGUUGCCGACGACAUGUACUUGAUAGCAGUUUGCCAAGGAAGAAACCAAGCAGACGCCACCGGGCUCAUGGCGAUAUCCGACGAGGAGUACGCCGCGGAACUCCAGCUUCAAGAGGUGAUCUUUGUUUCCUCCGCCAUGGCGAUGAUUGUUAAUUCCACCAUGGCAGCGACUGCAGCACAAUCAUCGCUCAUGCCGCAGCUUGAUAGCGCCGUCGUCGUCGUCAACACCGCCAACAAUGACACAACAGCUGCUGAGACGCCCGCCGUGCUUGCCGUAGCUGAGUGCAGCUGCUCCUCCUCCUCGCCUCCGCCAUCUCUUGCAGUUGCAGCCCCUGCCACCGGGGAAGAAGACGACGCAAUUGCGGUAGCAACUUGCAAGAUCUGCCUGGACUACGUGCCAGCGUCGCACGUGCACCACGCAAGUCACGACUGCGCGCAUGCCUUCUGCGCAGCCUGCCUCUCCGGCUACAUCAGCGCAAAGACCCAAGGCGGCCGCAUCUCGGACGUCAAGUGUCCCGGGGACGGGGAGGACUGCUGCGACGACGUCCUUGACCCCGAACUCUGCCAAGGUAUCAUAUCCGGCGAGGCUUUCGAGGCCUGGUGCGCCGCACUAUGCAUGUCCAUGGUGGAGGGAGGCAGCAACUUUUGCUAUUGCCCCUUCGACGACUGCUCGGAGAUCUUGGUGGACGAUCGCGGCGGCGACGUGCCGGAGUCGGAGUGCCCGGCGUGCAGGAGGCUGUUCUGUGCACGGUGCCGCGUGCCAUGGCACGCUGGCAUUACCUGUGCCGAGUAUGGCCAAUUAGCACCUGGGGACAAGGGGAAGGAGGACUUACUGGUGCUGGAGAUGGCCAAGGGGGAAAAGUGGAAGAGGUGCCCCCAGUGCAAGUACUUGGUCGAAAAACACAACGGCUGUGUGCACAUGACUUGCAGGUGUGGCUUCCAGUUCUGCUAUGCAUGUGGCGAGCCGUGGGGGCAACCUGAUCAUUCCUCUUGCAACACAGCGUGAAAGCUGAUUUUCCUCAUAAUCCGGCAGUGGAAAGCGAAUGAAGUUCCAAGAUCCAUGCAGUCAAACUAUUUUUAGUUAUAUAUGGCAUAUGCAGCCCAACUAUUUGUAGUCAUAUAUGACACUACCGCAGAAGUAAAAAACUAAUAAGUGUAGUUCAAUAACACAUGUAUUCAAACUAUUUUUUAUUUUAUGAGCUAUGUAUGUCAUUGUGGCAGUACUACAUAAAUUUCUAUCAUAAUUUUUUUAACUAAAUUAUGAUAGAGAUUUUUAUAGUAGUGCUAUAAAGACGUACAUAGCUGAUAAAAGCAAAAAUAGUUUGACUGCAUGUAUCAUAGGCCUACACAUAAAAGCAAUUUUUUUGCUCCUAUGUGUAGUCCUAUCAUACAUGCAUUUAAACUAUUUUUGCAUUUAUGAACUUUGUAUAUCUUUAUGGUGCACUACUAUACAAAUGAAAUAAAUUAUCUUCA